GUGCGUGGUGCCUCCAGUUGUAUUGCUUUCCUCUCAGCCUGUGAGUAAGUUGCACAUUUACAUCUCAGAAACUGCAUUUCCCAUGUGACUGCUGUGUGAACUCGUCAUACAGGUGGGCACAGCCCAUAACCUUCACUUGGGGGUUUUGGAGGUGUAUGUUUCCAUAAAUACUACAAGAAAUAAACAGUUAUAAAUUAAAGGAAGGUGGAUGAUAAUACAUCCUUGGGCCUAUAAAAAUGUUCUGAAAUUGCUGAUAAUAACCUUUGUCUCUUCUGUAGUUAGCACAGUUUCAGGAGAAAGCAGGAAUGCUGAUCCUGCGUUUGUGUUUUCAUUGAGCACAAAGGGUGAAGCCAGGGCUGCAGGAUGGAUACACAGCACAUUCCUGUCCCCAUUUCUGUCCUGAGGGACAGCAGCAGCACAGCAUUCAUGGCUUACCAUUCACUUGGUGUUCCCACAUAAUUGAUACUGAAAUAUUCCAAGAACAGAUCUUCAUGGACAAUGUUGAAAUCCAUCCAUAUUCAUAGUCUGCAUUCCCAGUAGUUAAUAAUCAAAGGAGCUUUCACAAAUACAGCCUUAUUUUGAUCCUUACAAAAGUUGUACUGAUUACUUCAGAGUUAAGCUCGAUACAAUUAGUGACAACAACACUGAGCUAAGUAAAUUACAAGAGUUUUGACUUACUUUUAUCACAGUCUGUUCUGUCACUGUAAAACCCCCCAAUGAUUACACUGAACACCUCUCCUUGAAGUCCUCCAGAGGUGUUACAGUUGCAGUACUGAUGCUGUCAGCAGGCUGCAUACAGGCAGUGACAUCGUUUCUAGUGGCUUAUUUAUCCCAAGGAAAGCAAUGUGUUGUCAUCAGUUGUAUUCUCUAUUUGUCAGUCUGUUUUAGUGGGGGAUAAUGGAAUGUGUGACAGUUACUAUAAUCAUCUGAGAGAAUUAACUCCUUGUGUAAUUAACAGCCAAAUCUGUUAUACUUGACCCCUCCGAUUUUUUUCCUAGUUUCUGCUGUGUAAAUAAUGGAGUGUUACAGUUUUGCUAGCAGAGUUCUUAAUGUAUGAAGAGCAAAGCAGCUGACUGAGGAAAAGCUUUACAAACUGCUGGGAAAUAUGUUUGUGUCUGGAUGGGACAAAUGGAACACCUGCAAGCUGUGAAGACCAGUUUCAAAAAGCUGCAUGGUUGCAGUGGCCUGAGAUAGCUCCCCCUGCAGCGGGACUUAGCUUUGUCCUGAGAGGUUUGCAUGGAGGGGCAGGGAGGGCUGGAAAUACAUCAGCCUUUACAAUGCAGGCACGUGUCUUCUGCCUUCCUGAAAUACAGACUGUAUGCAAGUGGCUGAGGUUGGUCUUUGGGUUUUGUUUGUAAUACAUUGUGGCUAACCCUGAAUGUUUCAGUUCCAGAAGGCUGAAUCUGAUCUGGAUUAUAUUCAACACAGACUGGAAUUUGAGAUAAUGAAAAGUCUUCCUGAUAAUCCAGCAGCAGAGGACAACCCAGUUGCUGUCUUAGAAGAACUCUCCGUGGUGAAAUCUCGUUACAAAACGUUAUGUAUGCAGCUGGAAAAAGUUUCCUUAGAGCAGAGAGAAUCCAUGAAUGGCAUCCGUGCUGCUCUGGAGAACACCAUGAGGAUCGCGCAGGCACUGCAGCAAUGCACUGAUCUCCAGCGCUUGCCUCUGUCAGAAGAAGAAAAGGCUGCAGCACAGCAGUUAGGCUGCCAGACUGCUAAAGAAAUGGAAUCACUGGUUGAAAAGCCAUUCUGUUCAGAAUCUGUAGACCCUGACUCAGCUGAAGAGUCACAGUUGAAACCACUGACUGAAGAAACACUUCUGACUGUGCCAAGGAGUAUCAGAAGCACCGUUAAAUUAGCAGACUUGAACAAUUUGUACAGGGAUUUAUUUAACCACUUUGUUGUAAAUAAGAACAGAGCGGCACUGAGCAUUUCACAGAUGAACAAAAUGAACAUGAAAGCCACUGACACAAGGAUACGGAUCUUGAAAGAGCUUGCUAUUGUGGAACUUGACAAACAAGGCAAUGUUAAAUUAGUCAUGUAAAUGAAGGCCUGAUCUGUCCUCACUGGGCACUCAGCACCUUGGCCGUGUGUCACUGAUGGGUAUUUGGUGGUUGGAAGGCUGUUAAUAUCUCUGUACACAAAUGCUAUUUCUGGUACUUGAAGAGCUGCAGAAUGAAACCCAUUGAGGUUGGCAUUUGCCUGUGGAUGUUUACACAACUGCAGCCCAUGCGGUUUUUUGAACAGCACUGUUAACCAGGUGUCAUUUCCAUGUGAUAGCUUGCAUUCCUGAGCAGGGUUUUUAAGACAAAUAACCCGGGCCACUUCAUUGUACUGACAUUCCUAAAUAAAUGAUGGAAGCAAAGCGA